UGUAGAAAUGCAGUAAAUGAGCUGCCAUACCCUAGGUUUAGAUGAAAUUACGCCCCUGCCAUGAAGACCUCAAACCCUGGGAGCUUCAUCCUCAUUCUCCAUUGAAUAAAUUACAGCUUGAUCAGGUUUAUCACUAGGGGGUGCCAUCCAACCAACUAUGUGGGUUUCAUACUGUACUGUUCUGAAGGAGGGCCCAAUAGUUCUAUAUCUUGUCCCAUAAUAAGUCUAAUUUCUUCUCUUGCUGCGAAAGGUUGCCUCCAUGCUGAUUUAAAAUAGUUGCCUACACAGCUGUCUAGAACUAUGUAGACAACCUUUUACAUAACAGAAGUCCAAUUUUUGUUAACUGUUGCUGCCAACUACUUUAUAGUCCUGACAUGGAAUUUUACAGGCAAAUUACAGUCCAUGCUGUUUUAAAAAACUGUAUGUGGUGACCUCCACAAAACCCAACAAUAAGAUAAGAUAGAAAUCGGUAGAAAUGAAUGGCACUUAGCCCAAAGGCCGGCAGAUGGCGAUAUCAUGGACUCAGUUUCGUUAGUUUCGUUUUUACCUAAAGUUUGCCAGAAAUAGAAAGUGAAAGUGAUGCUGCGGUAGUCGCCUCAAGUCGCGUCUUUUCCAUUUGAUUUUUUCCCAAGGCUGUGGAUAGUCAAUGAGAUCGAUAAAGGAGGUGGACCCCUUGGACUUCUUAACUCAACAACAGUAGUCCAGCAAUAGAUACGAUAAAACGAUAGCCCUGAUGUCACGAAGAAGUUACUCAAUGUUCUACCGUAGUUGGAGUCUACCUAUCGAGAGUAGGUCACAAGGCCUAAGAGGUCUGCUGAACUAUGGCCUGUCAUGCUGUGUGAAUGCUCUGCUGCAGUCCUUCUCUGCCACCUGGGAACUGGUAGAUCUGCUAGAAGGGUGGAACCCAGUUGACAAGGAGAGUGUCCCUUUGUAUCUGAGGAAGGUGCUGCUAGCCAUGCAGAGUGACCAAUCCCAGCCUGCUCCUCAUAAAGACUUCCUGCACUGCCUGGACAGAAAUUACAUCCGCAGUAUGAGUAACAAUGUUCAGCAGGAUGCAGAUGAGGUAUUCCUUUCCAUUUUAAACCUUAUCCAACAACAGAUGAGUGACAAGGCCUUGGCUCAGGAGAUUCAGUCUCUGUACAAGGUUACCGUGGAGACACACCUUCAGUGUCUAGAAUGUACAUACAUCGAAACUGGGACCAGCUUUCUACUCAGCCUCCCCAUGCACAUAAGGGAGAGCCAUGACUCCCUGGAGGACUGCAUACGGUUCUUCUUCGAGCUUCUGGAGCUAAGUGAUGGAGAUAAGUGCUACUGUGAAAGGUGUGGAGAGAAGAAGCCAUCCAAACAGGGCUUCAAACUUAUCUCCCUGCCACCUGUCUUGUGUCUUCACCUGAAGAGAUUCCGUAAUUCCCGUGGUUACACCAGGAAACUACACUGCAAAGUCACCUUCCCAGAAACCCUGAACAUUUCUGAGAUCUUGACAGUAGAGGCACUGUCAGAACGUUAUGUACAGAGUGACAGCCAGUACAGUUUGUGUGCAGUCAUAGUGCACUCCGGCGAUGCCAUGUUUGGACACUACACAGCAUACCUUCGUCACAAGGACCAGAGCUGGUACCACGCUAAUGAUAGUUCUGUACGGCAGGUUAGCUGGAAGGAAGUACAGAACACCUAUGGAGGAAGUCUAAGAGAAGACACAGCAUAUAUGCUGCUCUACAGACGAACCCCAGAGGGAAAGCAACAGGAGUGGUCCUCAGGCUGACGGAGCUAAAGGGUUAAAGAGUGGAGACUGGAGACCGUAGGAAUCAAGGACCAAACACAAAGUGCACUCACUGCAGGGUGAACUACCUAGUGGAGGGGUUGUUGUCUUCAUGCAGCAUUGGGGAUGUAAUUUAUCUGGAUUAUUGUCACUUUAAAAUGAUGGGUAAUGGGUCAUUGUUUAUGUGCAAUUACAUGGAUUUGUUUAAGUAUAUUUGGUGUGGUGUGUAUAUGUUUUGAGGUUUUGUUUAUACUGGAUAUGUCGGACAUUCACAGGGCAUUACUGAGCUUAGCCAAUAGGUGGAGGCAAAGACUCUUCACCCUGUCAUUAGUACAGUCAUCUUGUAAGCUCCAGAGACUGACUACACGUUCUGAAACCACUAUAAGACGGGUGGUUUGAAGAGAGUGCUGAGUUGAGGUAUUCUGGGGGAAAACCUGAAAAAGGCCAUUGACUCAUUGGUGAUAAUAUUUGCCUGACAUGGAAACAUGUGACUCACCUUGUUUCAGAACAAUUGGUUUAUACAGUAGUUACCGGUACUCUGUUCUGUUUUGAUUUCACUACCGAUAUAAUGCUGUCAACAGAGAAAUAAACGGUCAUUUUCCCAGCUAGCACCUGAAAA